AUGUCCAACCCAGAAAGCACACCAAAUGGAGAGAUUCCAUUCGACAUCUACGAUCUUGACUCUGGGCUGAAACUGUUACAUGAGUACAGCGGAAUUCCAGAUGAGAAAGUCCAGAACCAUAUUGAGUCGAUUAAACAAAAAGCUCUACAAGUGCGACAUUAUCCGUGUAUUAGACGUUACCGAUUCCUAGAACUAAUCUUGAUGACCACAGAGGUCUACCAAGAAAUUCUAGAGCGAGUUAAAAAUGGCGACAAAUUCAUGGACCUGGGCUGCUGCUUUGGCCAGGAGAUCCGUAAACUUGUCCAUGAUGGCGCACCUUCUGUCAAUACUUAUGGCUCUGAUCUCUGGGGUGAAUACCUUUCUAUGGGCUAUGAACUAUUCAAAGACAAAGAUAGACUUCAAACUAAAUUUAUAGCAGCGGACAUCUUUGACGAUUCUUCCCCGCUUGCGAAGCUAUCUGGACAGAUGAACAUCAUUUAUGUGGGCGAUGUUUUUCAUCUGUUCAGUCUUGAAGAGCAAGAAGAAAUUGCAGUGAGGAUUGUUCAUUUACUCGCCCCGCAGCCAGGAUCUUUAAUCAUUGGAAGGCAAUCAGGCGGCGAAACUGCGUUGGAAUAUUCACGGGCCGGCGAUAUGAGCGGGAGAAGGCAAUUUCAGCACAACCCUCAGAGCUGGAAGCAGUUGUGGGACCGAGUUGGCGAUAAAACCGGGAGCAAGUGGUCGGCAGAUGUGGGACUUUGCCAAGAGUUCAAGUUCAAACCAUCUGCGACAUUAGAUACCUCAGGUGAAGUUCAACGGCUCAUGAAAGCAAAGGGAUUGAGAUUUACCAUCAGGAGAUUAUGA